AUGGGCGUGGCCCUGACCAGAUUGGCACAGUGGUCGGCUACCGGGUAUGUGAAUGGAAACCUGGAGCUGACCCCUCUGAAUGAGUCAUUAUUGAAUGAAAUCAUUACGUUUGUGGAGUCUUUUAGAUAUAACUACCCCCAAGAAGCAAAUUUUGUUUUUGAAGAACCACUUGAGUGGGAAUCAAGUUUGGAACCCUCAGCAUUUGAAUCAGGUUAUAUUGUCAGUGAAGCAGAAGUUCGGUCAGAAGAGGUUGACCAAGAUGGACAGCCCUUGCUGCUUCUCUGUAUGCCUCAUAUCAAAGUCAGGAGCUUUGGGCUACUGUCACAGUUGUUAUCAUUUGACAAAAUCAACAAGCUGCAAGAGACACAAGCCUGUAUUGAAGCUAACAGAGACCCUAUAGUGAAAAUCUUGGGCUCCGAUUAUGGUGAGAUAAAAGAAGAGUCCAGUACCAUAAAUAUCAUUGAUAUGUUCACAAAAGAUAGUAAGUCAUAUAUUAAAAGGAAAAUUGCCAUCCUGCUGAAGCAGCUGGACCUGAAUCUGCUCAACCACUCCCUAAAGCACAUCUCACUAGAGAUUUGCUUGAACCCAGCAACGUUUAAGAAAGAUGUUGAGCUGCUCCAACGUUUCUCAGGAAAAGGGGAGCACACAGUGCUGGAGUCGAUUGAGUACACUUCAGAUUAUGAAUUUUCAAAUGGGUGCCGUGCCCCACCAUGGAGACAGAUUCACGGAGAAAUUUGUUACUUGAUGGUGAAGCCGCACGAUGUGGAAACCCUGUGCAUUACCUGCUGCGUGGAAGGGGUGUUUUUAAAUGGCGGAAAAACAGACCACGAGGGGGAAAUUAAUUAUGAGAGACAAGGUGAAGUUUACAAAGACCUUUUUUCAUGUUUAAAGGACAAAUCACGAAUGUUUUCAGAGAAUAUGUCUAAACAGGAGCUUAGAUUUGCUGAGGAGCAACAGAAGGAUAAACAGGUUUUUGAGAAACCCAAGGAAAAUACUCCAUCAUUGGUAACUGUCUCAGAGAAGAGUAAAACUGUCUCAGAAAGGAGCCAGAUUAGCUUUGGGAAAAGUCACAUGACCAAGAGACUGGAGCCAAGCUUAAACUGGAGAGCAACCGUUGAUUACAAAGACCACAAAAGCUCAACGAAGGAUAGCCAUGAGGAAAAACAAGGAAAACAAGAAAGGUCGUCAACAUCUGUUUCCUCAAGCCGGGCACAGACACUUCGUAAGGGCGGCGAGAAGAUUGAGGAGACAGCCAGUGAGAGCUCCUCAGAGAGUGAGGAGGAUGAGGAACCUACGGAACACCGCCAGGAAGCCAACGCGGACCUGCCUUCAGAAUACUGGCAGAUACAGAAGCUGGUGAAGUACUUAAAGGGGGGAAAUCAGACAGCAACAGUGAUCGCCUUGUGCUCCAUGAAGGACUUCAAUUUAGCACAGGAGACCUGUCAGCUGGCGAUUAGAGACGUUGGAGGUCUUGAAGUCUUAAUAAAUCUGCUUGAUACAGAUGAAGUCAAAUGCAAGAUCGGCUCAUUAAAAAUCCUGAAGGAAAUCAGUCAUAAUCCUCAAAUCAGACGUAAUAUUGUUGACCUUGGGGGCCUACCAAUUAUGGUUAAUAUACUCGAUUCUCCACACAAGAGUCUUAAGUGUUUGGCAGCUGAGACGAUAGCGAAUGUUGCCAAGUUCAAGAGAGCCCGGCGGGCAGUGAGACAGCAUGGAGGCAUCACCAAGCUGGUCGCUCUUUUGGACUGUGGACAGAACUCGACGGAACCGACGACGCAGCAGCAGCAGCAGAGCCUGUAUGAGACGAGGGAUGUGGAAGUUGCUCGCUGCGGGGCGCUGGCCCUCUGGAGUUGCAGUAAGAGCCAUUCAAACAAAGAAGCCAUUCGCAAGGCCGGGGGCAUCCCCUUGCUGGCCCGGCUGCUGAAGACCUCGCAUGAAGACAUGCUCAUUCCAGUGGUGGGGACGUUGCAAGAAUGUGCAUCAGAGGAAAACUACCGAGCAGCCAUCAAGGCAGAGAGGAUCAUCGAAAACCUGGUGAAGAACCUGAAUAGCGACAAUGAGCAGCUGCAGCAGCAUUGUGCCAUGGCCAUCUACCAGUGUGCUGAAGAUGAGGAAACCCGGGACCUGGUGAGGCUGCACGGAGGACUUAAACCCUUGGCCAGUCUGCUCAAUAACACCGACAAUAAAGAGCGAUUAGCGGCUGUCACUGGGGCGAUCUGGAAGUGCUCCAUCAGCAAAGAGAAUGUGGUUAAGUUUCGAGAAUACAAGGCCAUUGAGACCCUGGUGGGACUCCUCACGGAUCAGCCCGAAGAAGUGCUUGUGAAUGUGGUCGGAGCCUUGGGAGAAUGCUGUCAAGAAUACGAAAACCGAGUCAUUGUCCGGAGGUGCGGCGGCAUCCAGCCUCUCGUGAACCUCCUGGUUGGAAUAAACCAAGCUCUACUUGUGAAUGUCACAAAAGCUGUGGGCGCAUGCGCAGCAGAACCAGAGAGUAUGGCGAUAAUCGACCGCUUAGACGGAGUUCGCUUGCUGUGGUCCCUGCUCAAAAACCCACACCCAGACGUGAAGGCCAGCGCGGCGUGGGCGCUCUGUCCCUGCAUCGAAAAUGCCAAGGACGCUGGAGAAAUGGUUCGCUCCUUCGUUGGUGGCUUGGAACUUGUCGUCAACUUAUUGAAGUCAGACAAUAAAGAGGUCCUGGCGAGUGUCUGUGCUGCUAUCACCAACAUAGCAAAAGACCAGGAAAACUUAGCCGUUAUCACAGACCAUGGGGUGGUCCCUCUGCUGUCCAAACUUGCCAAUACAAAUAACGACAAGCUAAGGCGGCACCUGGCCGAAGCCAUCUCCCGCUGCUGUAUGUGGGGAAGGAACCGAGUGGCCUUCGGUGAGCACAAGGCCGUGGCUCCCCUGGUGCGCUACCUCAAGUCAACAGACACCAACGUGCACCGGGCUACAGCUCAGGCCCUGUACCAGCUCUCCGAGGACGCCGACAACUGCAUCACGAUGCACGAGAACGGCGCUGUGAAGCUUCUACUGGACAUGGUAGGGUCCCCAGACCAGGAUCUUCAGGAAGCUGCUGCCGGCUGCAUAUCCAACAUCCGAAGACUGGCUCUUGCUACAGAAAAGGCUAGAUAUACUUGAAAUCUGAAUGCACACGAGCCACCAGCUUCUGUGGCAAAGGAUGUAUCACUCCCUUGUCCCGGGAGCCAGAGUUGAAAAUCAUUUAUCAACCAGUUCUUCAAACAGUCUAGACAAAAAAAAAAAAAAAAGUGUAUUAAAACACAAACACCUUUUGAUGAAAAUUAUA